CGCAUCACAACAAAAUCGGGAAGAUGACGGGUCCCGGUGAACCAACGAAAUCUUUGCCCCUCCCGAGUGGACCAGCGUCACUAUGCUUCGACAAAGACAUGUUCAUGAAGGACACAUUUGAUGUAGACACAUUUGUGAUGGAGUGUCGGCGCCGAGUGCCCCUGGAGACUCUAAGAGACGACCUUUCCACUUACCUGAAGAUUCUGAGGAGUGCAAUGAUCGAACUCAUCAACAAAGACUACGCAGACUUUGUCAAUCUCUCUACUAACCUGGUUGGGAUGGACAAAGCAAUUGGCAACCUUACAACACCCCUCAGUGAAUUGAAGGAUGAAGUCAUGACUGUGAAGAUUGCCAUGGACCAAGCUAUCUAUGCAGUAGAAGAGAAACUGAAACAGCGAGAACAGAUCAGACAGAAAAAGACAUGUCUGCAGAGAUUGAUGAACAUCGUACAGUCUGUAGAAAAAAUUGAGAUACUCCUAGGGAUACAGAGUGGAGAGGGAGGGGAGACAAUCCAGGCCCAACUGAAUGGUCAGUUGAUAGAGAGAGUGGCAAACGAAUUCAACAAACUUCAGUUUUAUGUCAUCAAGAGCACAGGGCUCCCCCUAGUGGAGCGAAUACGACCAAGAAUAGCCAACAUUACCAGCACUCUCCAGGUUAGUCUGGAGGGCCACUUCCUGGAGGGACUAGACACUGGAAACACAGAGAUUCUUCAGCAAUGUCUCCGGACUUAUGCCCUAAUUGACAAGAUACAGGACGUUGAAAACCUGUUCCGACAGGAAAAGGUCCGACCAUAUAUGGAGGAGGUAAUCAGUGAACAGAAUGUGAAGUCAUCCGGAGGACGACCAGGUCUCAAGGGCAUGUUCCAGCAGAUCCUGGACUUUGUACCCCAGCACUGUGGCAUACUAAGGGAGGUAACUACUGGGGGCCGUAUGGGGAUCGAUCAUCAGUGUGCCAUGGAAAGUGUUCGAGGUUACGACUUCAUGGUCAAUGCUGUGUGGCCUGAGGUGGUCAGUAACAUUGAGGCUCGGACACCGUCCAUUUUUGCACCUGGGAAUCCAAAUACAUUUCACGAGAAAUUCCUGAUCAGUAUGAAGUUCCUUGAUGACUUUGAAGCUUUGUGUGGGUCUCAGGCCAGUGUGAGGAGACUGAGAGAACAUCCUAGUUACCACAUCUUUAUGAACAAGUGGAGUUUACCUGUGUACUAUCAGAUCAGAUUCCAGGAGAUAGCUGGUGCCCUGGAGACCUCACUCUGUACAGCCUUCAACAAAUCUGCUGACCAGGCAUUGUUCCACCUCAAUGUGACCUUGACCUUAUGGCGCUGCGUAAGUCGGUGCUGGGGUGAGGACGUCUACCUUGCCCCGAUCUGUCACAAACUAUGGAAGUUAUCCCUUCAGCUCAUCAGUCGUUAUUCCACCUGGCUGGACGAGUGUUACACACAGGAGAUUGAAAAGAAAAACUCAGAAAUAGAUCAUCAGAAAAUGACCACAUCGGCAUCAAUGCCUAUUCUACCUUCGCAAGACCGAAGUAAUGGAGCAAUGGAUACGAAUGGUACAAAUGAAGGGCAGACAACUCCAGCAACACCGCCCAUUACUCUUGGACAAAUCCUCUGCCUAUUGUCCGACGUAGAAAAAUUCUCACAACAGAUAUCCAGUCUGUUUGACGAGACAAUCAAACCAAAGGUAUCUGCUACAGGUUUUGAGAACACAGAUAAUUUAAAGGACAGUAUACAGGAGUGCAGUUCAAGUCUGUUGAACAAACUGCCACGCUACCGUAACUUCAUUGUGGAGGAAAUCAGCUGUCAGUGCUCCAUACAUCUAAAACAGGUCAACGAUGUCCCACGUCUUUAUCGCCGGACGAACAGAGAGGUUCCUGUAAAGCCCUCUACAUACAUUGGGAGUGCCUUCAAGCCUGUCAGCAUGUUUGUACAGGAACAUGGGGAUGUGUUGGGAGAAAAACAGAAGCUAGAAAUAUUUUAUGAAAUAUUCACACGACUGGCAGAUCAGUAUUUCACUGUCACGUCUGAUGUCCUUCUGUCUGUGAAAAAGAUGGAGGAUUCACUGAAGAGAUUGAAGAGGGUUCGAGGAACAGACAAGGGUGCAGGGUCACAAGGGCUCACGGACGAUGACAAGAUACGACACCAGAUUAUACUAGACAUUGACAGCUAUGGACAACAGAUCACAAGUUAUGGGGUACAAAAAGAAGACCUGGAAAGUUACAAAAAAUUGCAGCAGCUUUCAGCAGAGGCUAAAUCUGCCAUGACCACGGCUCAGUGAUCACAUGACAAUGACAUUCCUCUAUCACAUGACUGUCAUGUGAUUUCCCACUUCAUUAUCAGGAACUGAUUGAACUAGAAACAAUUUCUUCUGUGAAUCUGUUUAUUUAUGCAACUUAGAUUUAAAACUGACAAAAGAAAAAAAAGAUAUGUAAGCUGAUUCAAAUGUGCAUUAACGAUAUCUAAAAAAAAUUGUAUUGGUAUUUAAAUUAAUUCUUUAUAUGAGUUGAUAAAUUAUUACACAAAGGAAUUUAAUAUCUAUUAAUUUAGAAAAGCUUACCUGUAAAUUUGUAGCAAAAUUAGAGAAUCCAUUUAAAGGUACAUACAUUGUAUUUAGAAUGCUUAGAAUUCUAAGUAAGCCUUAGUCCUUUGAUUUAGUGCUUAAUGAGUUAUUUUACUUCAGCUAUGUACCCCACAGCUGAUGUAUAUUUUUGGCGAAAAAAUUCAUCUAUUAAAGAGAAGAGGCAUAAAAUGAAUUUUAUUUUGGAGUGGGCAUAUUUUUAUUUAUCAGGUAUUGUGCCCAAAUUUUACUGUUAGAUACAUCACAGAAGAGUUCUUUAUGAAGCACGAUAACCUUAAAUAGUGCAGGGAUUAUAGAAAUUUUCAGGUAAAAUCUUUUUAUCAAGUCAAAUACAUAAACCUUACAAUUAGCACUCUCUGCGAAGAUGUUGAUGGAUGUAUUUAAUAAAUCAUCGUAUGAUAGUUCAGAUUGUGUCAUCACUACAUGAUAAUUUAAUACUAUAUUUGAUUGACAUGUUCGGUCCAAAAACAUUAUUUAUCAUAUACAUAUAAUGUUACAAAGGCCAUUUGCCGUGCAAUACUGCUGUUCUGUAAACAAAUUAAUUUGGAAAUGAGCCCAUUGUUAUUUUUGGACACAAUUGUGAUGUGAUGCAUCAAUGUCAACACAUUAUGGUCUUAGAAGUGAGAAAAUGUAUCUUCUCGAGUUCUGUGAUUGUUGCUAUAUACAGAGAAAUAUUGAAAAUGCAUUUGCAUGAAUAUUUCCCCAGUUAUCUGAUAAACAGAAUCUACUACACUUGUUCAUGUAAUAUUUGGUUUAUCAAACUUUUUUGUGUGUUAAUUUAAAACAAAAUUAAGCUUGUUAAAUAAAUUUGAUUUUACAUGAAUGUCAGUUGUAGAUUCUCCAUUUAAUGAAUUUCUGGGAAAAUUCAAAUAUGUUACUCAGUUUGAAAUUUUCCAGAUUUUAUCAGUUAUUUAUUGAAGUAUAUUUUAUGACUUAUUACUGAAAUGUCAAUCUCUGAGUAUGUAUACAUUCAUAUAUGUGUUAUUGGUUUUGCUUUUAAAUAUAUGGUUUAUGAAAGUGGGGAAAAUGAAAAAUAAAUCUUUAAACUUUGAA